UGGAUUACUAGGUUAGGCUUAGAAAUUAGGAUUUCUCGAGGCAAUGACCGGUGGAUUGAAAUGUUGAGGGAGUUAUAGGAUAGAUUUGGUAACUAAAUAAAUAUGUGUUUCAUUUAAACUAAUAACCAAACAUCAAAGUUAUUAAAAUUUAAAAUUGAACCAAUCAAAUUUAAGAUAUUAAUUGAAUCAAAUCGAUUGAAAUAUUCAGACUAAGUAUGUUGUUUAAAUAUGUUAUAUCAGAAGGCCAUCUGCACUUGUCGUUCACCUCAGCUCAGAGAGAGAGAGAGAGAGAGAGAGAGAGAGAGAGAGAGAGAGAUAGAGAUGGGACUGGAAUGUGUGGGAAGUCUGGCAAUUCACAUCAUCUUGUCGAAGCUAAGCCCGGGAGAGGUGGCCGCCGUUUGCUGCGUCAGCCACGACUUUAGGGUUUGGGCGUCGGACGAUUCCCUCUGGUCCAAGUUCUGCUUCGACGAUCUCGACCUGAUCGCACCUCUCGAUCCUCUCGGCAACCCCGCCACUUCUUUCAAGGAAACUUAUCAAAUAUGGCAACAAGCUUUUGGUGGAUAUCCUUGGCCCCUUGUUAAACGAGUAAAAAGAUGUUGGGAUACGCUGAAAAACUGGUUGGCCACAAACUUCCCGGAGGCUGGAGCUACACUGCGAAAGGGUGCAUCAGAAGCUGAAAUCAAUGAGUUGGAGAAUAGUUUGGAAGUAAAAUUGCCCCUUUCUACAAGGCUCCUUUAUCGAUUUUUUGAUGGUCAAGGCCUAAAUGGAGAAGGAAGUAUGCUUGGCCAUUCAUUGGGCCUAAUAGGGGGAUAUUCUUUUUAUGCACACUUAGUGAAUGUCUACUUGUUACCCUUGUGUGAGGUUGAGCUGGAAACAAAAGAGAUCAUGCAUCAUCUGGAACUUUCAUGCAGAUCUAAGUAUAUUCUUGUGGCUUCUUCUUCCACAAAGAUUGGCAAGUUCUUCUUCCUUGACUGUACCAGUGGUCAACUUUAUGUUGGUACCAGGAAUCUUUUAACAUAUGGAGAAAUGAUUCCGUGUGUCCCAAGUGCAUUGAUAGGUUCAGUUCAUGAUUGUAGUGGUCAUCAACAACAAGAUGCAAUGCUUUUGUGGCUGGAAGAACAUGGGCGUCGCUUACAAAAUGGCAUUGUUAAACUCCGUGAAGAAAAAGAAACCAGAAGUAUCAAUUUGUUCCCAGAAGUGUUUCCGCUCUGUUCUACUACAGUAACUCAUGGUGUUCAGGUACGUGCUUCUGCUGUGUUUGUUCCAGAGUCAAGUGACCUUCAAUAUGAAUUUGGGAUGUGUGAAUUUGCUUAUUCAGUCCGCAUGUGCCUCCUACCUGAGAAAUGUAUAAUCAAUGGAAUGUCCUUCAACUCUUGCCAAUUGUAUUUGAGGCAUUGGAUUAUCCAUGAUAAAGAUCCUAUAGUACAUCAUGUUCAUGGACAAGCCGUGAUAGGAGAGUACCCACUCUUAUGUGCAGGCGAGAAAGAAUUUGUUUAUGAGAGUGGCACACCUUUACAUACUUCUCGAGGUUCCAUUGAAGGCUCCUUCACAUUUGUCCCUGGCAGAUUGGACGACCCAAAAGGAGAACCAUUCGAGGUCGAAGUGGCACGUUUUCCCCUCCAGCUGCCGGACUAUAUUUUUUGAUGAGCUGUUGUGCAAGCUGUAAUUUCUCAAAAUUUCAAGACAGGCCUGCAUUAUGCUGCUCUUUUUAAUUGCUGUGUUGAAUUUAUUUUCGCCACCGAAGUGAAUAACCCUGUUUAUUGUUCCUGUUAUGCCUGUGUAAAUAUUCGUAUUUUGCUCCUGUGGUCUCUGAAUUGGUAUUAAGAAACUAUUAGGGCAGCACAAAAA